GUGUUGGUAUCGUGCAACUUUCUCGCCAGUUUCGUGUAGUAAAGUGAAGUUAAAAUAAAAUUCCCACAAAGUGCUCGUUGGUGUACGUGCCCAGCUGUUGAAAAAUGUCAGUGUAUGGUUCGCCGAAUAGUCCAGCAUUUAAAUCAAACGUAAAACUAUGCCGCGCUAUUGAGAAACAAUCGAUUUUAUAUGAUCCAAAUCAUGAACAUCAUAGAAAAAGACUACCAUCAGAGAAUUGUUGGGACAUGGUAGCUGCGGAGACAGGAGUGUCGGUGGAUAAAUGUAAACGGCGCUGGCGUCAAAUCCGUGCAGACUAUGCUCGCUGGGUAAAUACGGACGAGCAGCGUCAUCGCGUCGGGCUGAAGAGGCCCACUUUCUACUUGGCCGAAGAGAUGAAGUUUUUGAAUCAGCACCUGUGUGUGUCUGAUGAAAAGGACCCGUUCGAGCGAGAGCGAGAUAGCACGAGCAAAGAGUCGUCGAUAGAAAAAGACUAUAAAGAUAAAGAGAAGGAUCACUCCGAGUCAUUCGAUGAUCAACCGUUGUCAAAGCUAAGACAGACAACGAAGACGCAGUCAGAGAGUGAGAGCGAUAGCAUAAAGGAAAAGGACGAACAGAAGACAAAGGAAGCUGAGAAAUCAAAAGAAGUGAAGUCGAAGGGAGCAGAAAAGUUAAAGAAUGAAGACAAGUUGAAGGAAACAGAGAAUAAGAACAAACUGGAGAAUCAGCAAGAAAAGAAUUUAGACAGUAAGGAGGAAAAGGAGGAGGAGAAAAAAGUAAAGAAUAGCUUGCGCAACAACGAAAAGGAUCUGUCGGAUGAUCGUGGUGCGCCCUCUACCGACAAUUCCAAACCGAUUACCGUUGCUAGUGCGAACGUCAACGUCAAGAAGCCAGAGUUCUUCAUCAAACAGAGCAACAAGGCGUCGCCAAACUGUCUUAUUAUUGGCAAGAAGCCAUCAGAAAUGAUGCCUGUUGUCGCCGCCGUUUCCUUUGAGCAGAUGGCCGACGACUGCUCCGAUGAGACGGCAAGCAUUGGCGGUGGGCGUCGCCGACGCCGAAUGCCAGCUCGGGUCAAGGAGUUGCCCAUUCAGAAGGUAACGGAGCAGCGGGUCACACGGCUCCAGCGACGCAAAUCGAUGUGCAUUGGAGCUGCCAACAGUCUGCGCAGCUCGACAUCCCCCGUCAAAAUGACACCCCUGCCCAGGAGCAGCCUGGCCGCAAGUCCGACUGCGGCAAAAACUCAGGCCAAACCGCCUUCGAAACCGGCGGCACCCAAGCCAUCUACUGUUGGCUCCAGGGAUGACAUCUUUCCGCGUCCGCGUGCUGCAGCUCCGGUGUCCCAGCAACUGGUCCUAGCACGUCGUCCUGCCGCUGCGCCUGGCCAGCAACAGUCGCAGCAGCAGCCAGCGACGCAGUCUUUUCCGGUACGUCAAGUCAAUGGCGUUGGUCGUCCACAAGGUCCUGCUCGAGUGGCAGUUAAUCCUGCCAAGCGUACCUUUACUGUACCUACGACACUGGCUCCUCGUCCUCCAGCUCCCGCGUCGGUGGAUGCCUUGAAGAUACCACCUGUGUCGGGACCCUCAUCAUCGUCUCCUCCUCUGCAGAGACUAGUUUCCUCGAGCAGCACAUUAGUCAUAAGCACCACCAGCGGUCCCGUGAGCAGCCACAAUACUAAUACCAUCAGCACAUCCAGCUCCGGCGUGGUAGCCGUCACAGCUUCCAUUACCGCCUCCCCGAUUGUGAGCACUACUCCGCCGGUUGUCAAGCGUAGCGACCGAUCCACGCAGACGGGGAGUCAGGAUAUCUGCUCGGAUGAUUAUUUCCUGGACAUGGUGCGACCACAGAUGCAAGAGAUGAACUCGCGGCAGAAAAUGCACUUCAAGCAGAAGAUCUUUCACGCUUUGAUGGAAACAUUCGACGAUGCCACCGACUUUCCCAACAGUGGAGAAGUCCAGCACUUCAACAUCAACACGCCGUCCGGCUUUGAGAACGUCUCGGACCCGGAACUGCGUCUUGUCCGGGAGCUGGUUAGCAUGGUAAGCGCUGCCAAGCACUCAACCUUAGGCUCCUCUGCAACUCCAGUUGCAGCUAAAGUCGCGGCCGUUGGGCGCGGGGGCAUCCAAAGGGCUCCACAGCGAAUUAUCAGGCAAUUGGCGGCAACUCCGGGAGGAGUUGACGAAGAGAGGGUGUUGCGCAUACACCCGGUGGGCAACAACACGAAGGUACUGUCCGGAGGCUAUGCCUUACCAGCUUCAAUGAUGCUCAUGCGCAAGGACAGCAUCGAUAGCAACAGCAGCGCCCGAGCAGUACCGGGCGGAAGUAGAGCCUUUGUGGUGCCCAACAGCAGUCCCAAGACUCCACGAAUUGCCGAUCCCUUGACCAACUUGUUUGCUACUGGUUCAGGAGGAGCUAGCAAGGCUUCACCAGGUGUCCAGCCAACAGUGACUGCAGGUAUCUCCAAGGAGCCCGUUCUGGUGCGUCAAAUGGCCAGACGAUUCUCGAUCUGCGGUGCCGGUGGGCCCACCGCUUCCCUGGCCUCCACCUCUGUCGCUGCCGCCGGCUCCUCGCCGGCAAACAACGUUGCGAUGGAAACUCUUAAGCGCCGCCUGGUGAAUCCCUCGCAGACAACGGUGCCGCCCCAGCAGCGGGUACGCUACUCCAACAGUCCACAGUCGCAGGCCAUUGCUCCGGGCAACAGUCUCCUGGUACGUCAAAGCGCUGCCGUCGCCCAGAAGCAACUGUCACCCACUGGGGGCGUCACCGUUCCACAGAAGACUCCGCAGAUUGCCAGCAUUCAGGGAGGAUCGUUCAACGCCUUCGCCGCGCCCAACUCGAUGCGUGGGAACAACUCGAGCGGUUGCACGAUCUCCACACCGCCACUAAAGCGUGGCAUGGUCAUUGCCAAUGUAAAGAGCAGCUCCCAGCAGAGAUCAACCGUCUCGGCGGUUCGUCCUGCCCAACCAACUGGCUCGUCCCUUCUGCAGGGCAAAUCGACCUCAGCUCCCAAUGUGGCCAAUCUUCUAGCCGACUCUCGUCCCCAAAACCCGGCUCAAACCCAAUCCAAAACUCCAUCCAUAUCCAAAUCCCAGCCAGUCAGCUCUGCUGCGAAUAAUGAGCACGAGGAAACGGAAAUGGCGGGCGUCAUUGCAGCCGAUUACUUUGACAUGAGUCGUCUCAAGCGUGAGCCCCAGGACACCAUGGAUGAUGACAUAUUGGGCAUGUAGUCCCUUUCAAGAAAAUGACCACUACUAAAAAGUUCUAUGGAAUUUCGAAAUCUGUUUUUGUAGGUUUUAAGCACUAAAAUGAUAAAUCUUCGAAUUUUUAUCAAAUCAAUUGAUAUAUUUUUUUUUUAUUAAAUUGUAGAAAUACACACACACAUACACACAGAUACAUUUAUUCAUGUUAAUGUUUAUUCAGCUUUGAAUAUUGAUUAAUUUUCGUCAUUGAAGACAGAAAAAUUACUAUUUAGUUUGUAAAAGUUUUCCAUAUUAUUCAAAUAAAAUUUGUAGUUCUUAAA